GAUCUAAAGUAGAGAAAAGUCUCAAAAUGGCACCCACAGCUGAUAGCAUUAGCCAAAUGGUAAAUGAAAAUUCUGUUGAUAAUUUUAUGACUGCAUCCAAUAUCCUGAUAAAGUUUGCCGUGAACAUUUUAGAGAACCCAACUGAAUCAAAAUACAGGCGCAUUCGAAUCUCCAACCCUACCAUACAAAACAAAUUAUUAAAUGUUUCUGGUGGAAUGGAGUGUUUGUUUGAAAUGGGAUUUCAGGAAGCUGAGGAUGGGGAGUGUUUAGUAUUUCCAUCUAAUGCCAGCUUGCAAAUUUUAGAAACUAUUAAAAAUAAUCUUCAUAAGCAACGAGAAAAAUUGCAGAGGAAAAUGCAACCCACAAGUUUUGUGAGUAGGAAUAGUCAAAGAGUAGAGGAAGCAGGUGCUUCCGCAUCAACAUCUCAAACUCUUGUGACUGUAUCCCGUCCAGCUUCAUCUUACCUUGUAUCAGAAGCUGAAUUCUUGACACGCAUGGAAGAUGGACUAAGGCGAGUCAAACGCUAUGAGAAUCAAGCUUUGCAACAGAAAGUAAGAGACAUCAUUCCAGUCAAUCAACUUGAAGUAAAUGCAAAGCAAAGAUAUGACACAAGAUCCAGAGCACAAUCUACUUGGCAGAUGAAAGAUUUUCUGUUGCUGUCUUUACUCAACUGGUUCAAGACUUCAUUUUUUAAAUGGGUGGACACAUUACCAUGUGAGCGGUGCCAUGGUUCAACUCAAAACACUGGUUACUUAACCCCAACUCCUGAUGAUCUACAAUGGGGGGCUAGAAGGGUAGAGUCCCACUUGUGUAGUUCAUGUAAUCAUGUGAACAGAUUUCCAAGGUAUACAGAUGCAGAGAAACUGUUGACGUCAAGGUGUGGUCGAUGUGGUGAGUGGGCUGAUUGCUUCACUUUGUGCUGUAGAUCACUUGAUUUUGAAGCAAGAUAUGUUAUGGACUGGACAGAUCAUGUCUGGACAGAAGUGUAUUCAAACUCGCAGUCUCGUUGGCUUCACUGUGAUGCAUGUGAAAAUGUUUGUGAUAAACCACUUUUAUAUGAAAGUGGUUGGGGUAAAAAACUUACCUUUGUAAUUGCUGUCUCCAAAGAUGAAAUCCAGGAUGUUACAUGGCGCUACUCUGCUAAACACAAUGAAAUUCUUGCUAGGCGAACACUUUGCCGAGAAUCUUGGUUGCGAAGAGCAGUUCAUCAGCUAUGGAAGAGAGAAAUAUCAAGACUUUCCCAAGAAAGGCAGCAAGAACUUUGGCAAAGACUUAUAUGUGAAUUAACAGAGUUCAUUACAAAGAAGAAUGAUACAGCUGAAGCUCUUCCUGGUCGUACAACUGGUUCUGUUGCAUGGAGGGAAGCUCGUGGUGAACUUGGGGCUAGUGCAUCACAGCAAUCACAAGUACAAAAUAAUUUUGUUUUUAUUCCAACUGAAGCAGAACGAGAAUGUGAAAUGAUUCAUAUAGUUUAUAACUGUGCAACUGAUAAAUAUGUCCGUUUAUCUUCUGGAAAUCAAGAAUAUGAAGGAUGGCAGACAUGUGUUUUUACUAACCAAGAUAUUUUUCGUAAAGAAGAAUAUGAUUGGAAAAUGGUAUAUUUGACUCGGCAUGAGGAAUCUGCUUAUGGAGAAAUAGUUUGGAAAUUUGAUAUAACAGGUACAGAUCUAAGAAUUAGUAAAGUGGAAUUCAAAGCAGAAUCUGCUGUGUUUGAAACUGGUGCAGUAAACUGGAGAAUCUGUGCAGGAGAAAUGUGUUUUAUGCACACUGGAUCAUCCUUGCAAAACAUGAUAACAAUUGAUGUGCAUGGGUGCCAGACCCUGACUGUCACUGCAGUGUUACAAGGUGGUCAAGGGCAGAAUGCCUGGCAACAUGCUCAGCUAUUCAGACAAUCCUUAGAGAAUACAGGGGGCACUCCACUGGAUCUCAAAUUAUUUUUGAAUUAAUUUGUUUUUGAUGAAAUGUAUUAGGUACCGGUACUAAAUGUUAUUGUAACAUUUAGCACAAGAUAAGUGUGAUAUAUCUAUAAUGUCAGUUUUUUACUUUUAAUCAACUUUUUGCUGCUCAGCCUUUGACUCUUGGCCUAUAUCUUAGGCCAGGAUUUCCAAUGGCUUCCCCCCGCCCCUGCAUUUCAAGGAAGUUUUAAAAGUAAUUUGCUCAUGCCUGUCAAUAGUAAGCCUGUAGUUACGGAUUACUAGAUAAGCCUUUCUUGUCUAUUUUCUACAUUUACAGUGCUCCUCAAAAAGUUUUGAGAAUUUGAAGACCAUUUUAAAGUUGUUAAUUGUGAUAUUGUCACAGACUCUUUCACAAUACCACAUCCUUCAACCAGUUACAGUUGAUGCAAUGUAGAACUUUAUUUUUAAAAAAGCACCUUUUUGUCAGUUUUUACAUCAUUAAUUGGUUAUUGCAAUACAUUUAUACAUAAAGUAUUUUACAUUGAUUAUACUUUUUUAAAGCAUUAUGUUUGGUUUGAUUUUUCAUUGUAAUGUUAAACUGUUAUAAAUUAAAUUGCAAUUUGACAUUACUGGUUGCUUUGUAAAAA